AUGUUGUAUGUGUCCAAAUGGUUGGAGGCUAAGGCCACCCGUACUAAUGAUUCCAAAGUUGUGGUAGAUUUUCUUAAGGUACAGAUUUUCUCACGGUUUGGCACACCAAAGGUGCUCAUAAGUGACCGCGGGACCCGUUUCUGCAAUCGGAUGCUCGAAGCUGUUUUGAAGAAGUAUGGCGUGACACACAAAGUCUCAACAGCUUAUCAUCCCCAAACAAAUGGACAAGCCGAGAUCUCAAACAGGCUAGUGUUUGGAAAAGCAUGCCAUCUUCCGGUUGAGCUUGAACAUAAAGCUUUUUGGGCUGUAAAGAAAUUCAACAUGAAUGAAGAUGAGGUGGGAAACAAAAGGAAGCUAGACAUUCAAGAGUUAGAGGAGAUUCAGAAUGAUGCGUACGAAAGCAACAUGAUUUAUAAAGAAAAGACGAAAGCGUACCAUGACAAAAUGAUCUUCUGGAAGACUUUUGUGCAAGGACAAAAGGUGCUUCUUUACCACUCAAGGUUCAAGUUAAUUUCAGGGAAGUUACGAUCAAGAUGGGUUGGUCCUUUCGUGGUCAAAAGGGUAUUUGACCAUGGUGCGGUGGAAAUCACGAGCAAGCAAACCGGUAAAACAUUCAAAGUUAAUGGUCAUAGAUUGAAGUCGUUUUAUGAAGGAAUCGAAGUGAAGAAGGAGGAGGUUGAUGUGUUGGAGAACCCCACGUACCAAGACUGA